AUGGCGAACAGUGCAGACAACCCGGACACGGACGAGAGAUUUGAGGAUGCCAACGAUGUCAAUAAUGAUUCAAAGCGAGAUUCCUCCCACUCCGAUCAGCCCACGCAAGAUCCCAAGGACUCCAAUGAUCACUCUCCGACUUUGAACGACGAGCAGCAAUCAAAAGGCGAAGGCGAGCAAAGAGAAGGCACGGAUGGCUCAGAGGCGAAAGUCCCUGAUAUAACUACUGAUACAAGCGCCGUGGACGAUUCUCACGAUGCCCAGCGGACGCCUACCCUGAAACCUCCCGAGCCCUCUACUGACACAUCCGGCGAUCCUUCAGAGAAACCUGUCCCUCCCAAGCCUGCUGCUCGCCCUUCAAGAUUCCAAGGCUUUUCUGCUUCCUUGCCGUCGGUGCCUUGGGGACCGCCUCCUCCCAGAAAAGCUUCAGAUGCUCGAGCACCGUCUCCGCAACCACCUCAGUCACAAUCGACGUCCUCCUUCAGCCGCAAAGUGACCACUCCUUUCGGAUGGCUGAGCCGAGCAACAUCGACCCCAAAAGAGACUCGUUCUCCCCCUUUGCCCUCCAAAUCACAACUCGACACGCGACGGAAUACGGCGGCAUCAGCAUCCACUCUCGGCAGCAACCCUGAUUUGACGCUAAAAGCCCUAGAUGAGUCUCAAGAUGGAUCAGGCGGCCAGAAGCAGCCUUCUAGAGCAUCGCUCCGCGAACAAUUUAAAAUGCUCCGGCUGCGGGAAGAAGCAGGCAUCACAAGCUUGGAGGGAGCGGAGCCAGCUGAAGGAGGUGCAAUAGCAGGACUUAUUGGACGGUCCGCCAGUUUGGGUGUCGGGAUAGCCACUCCAGGCAGCAUUGGUCAGGAUGAAAAUCUUGUCUCUACUCCUGUCAUGUCACCGUCCUCGCCCAUGGCCGAAGCACUGCCCACCAAUCCAGAUCUGCCUCCGGGAACAGUGGCAGGGGUGGCAGCAGCAACUGCGGAUACGAGUACUCCGAUAGAUUGGGACUUCUGGCAAAACGUGGUCAACGAGGGUCCCCAGGCCGUGGCGCGGACGAGUCCUGAUGAGUUCACCCAAGCCAUCAGUGGUGGGAUCCCACAGACCAUCAGACCGGUUAUAUGGCAGGUGUUAGCAGGCAGCAAGAACGAGGAUUUGGAAGCUGUCUACUGGGAUCUGAAGUCCCGAGGGCCAAACUCGGAAACAAAAGAGGGCAUGCCUAAAUCUCCUUUACUGAAUGGGCAUCUCAAUGGCAGCGCCAAGGAGAAAGAAUCAGUGGCGUCGUCUAGAUCGUCGAUAAGAUCUGAUCACUCAACGCCUGCCACCAGUUCUAAUGUAGGCGUCGCAUCUCCUUCACCCUCCCAUGAGGCAACCGAUCCUAUGAGCACGGCUCGCCUCCAGACUCAACUGGCUGCAGAAAAAGCGAAAAAGGCUAAAGAGGAUUCUGCAGCCCUAGCAAAGCUGGAGAAGAUGAUCAAGCGAGACAUGGGCUCAAGGACAAGCUAUUCGAAGUAUGCGGCGGCGUCGGGCCUUCAAGAUGGGCUAUUCCACGUAUGCCGGGCAUAUGCACUCUUCGAUGAUGCUGUCGGAUACCCUCAGGGCCUGAACUUCAUUGUCAUGCCUCUUUUGUUCACAAUGCCUGAGGAAGAAGCUUUCUGCCUGCUUGUCCGGUUGAUGAACAAAUAUCAACUCCGCGAUCUCUUUAUCCAGGAUAUGCCAGGACUACAUCUCCAUCUUUAUCAGUUCGAGCGGUUAUUGGAGGAUCUGGAGCCUGCAUUGUAUUGUCAUCUCAACCGGCGGGGUGUCACUCCCAAGCUCUACGCGACACAGUGGUUUCUGACCAUGUUCGCAUACCGAUUUCCACUUCAACUGGUCAUGCGGGUUUACGAUUUGGUUCUCUGCGAAGGGCUGGAGGGUGCGAUCCUGAAGUUUGGAAUGGCUGUCAUCCAGCGAAACGUAGCCACGCUGCUGGCGAUGCAGGACAUGCAGAGCCUCACGAACUUCCUCAAGGAAAAGAUUUUCGAUGUUUAUAUCGAUGCCGCACCCUCAUCCAAGUCAAUCCUGGAGUCGGGAUUCUUCGGCAGCUCUGGCGGCUCUGACGCUGAAGUUUACCGAGCGGAUCUCCUUGUCCAAGACGCAUGUGCCGUAAAACUAACGCCUGAGAUGCUUAAUCGAUAUCGAGAGGAGUGGGAGACAAGUACAAAGGCCGAAAAAGCACGAGAGACCGAGCUGGAAAAUCUCAAGACCGACUGCGCCACGAAAGCUGCCCAGAUCCGCUCCCUCGAGCAAAGAGCCGAGAAAUCCGACGCAGAGCACAUUGAGAUCGCCAAUGAGCUGGUGCGGCUGAAAGUCGAGAACACCGAGUUGUCGGAUCGCAAUGAGAGCUUGACUGGACAAGUCGCCGAGCUGAAAAAAGUCGCCGAGAGUGAGGCGGCAAACGUCGAAGAGAGGCUGCGGGCGGGAACGGAACAGGUCAUGCAGCGUAACAUCGAGGUGCAGAAUGAGAACCGUCAUAUGGAAGAACAGAUGGCCGAGAUGGAGCGGGAGCUUGUGGAGAUAAAGAUGAAGUAUGCUGAGCUCAAUGCCGAGCACGAGGCGCUCAAGCAAAAAUGGAACGACCUGAAACGAGCCCUAGAAUGA